AUGCUCGGUGUUACCGAUAACCAGCAAAGGUAUCUUUACCAUCAUUCCCCAUCAUUACCGUUCUCUAUAAACUCGGUGCAUUUGCAAAAUCCUUACAAGAGUUCCCAGAAAUUCGAAGGAUGGAGAAAUGUGCAAAACGAAGCGGUUAAACUUCGCCCGGGUUUUUUGCAAAAGACACUGGAUGACGUCUCGGUGAAGAGAAACACGGAAUCACGAGUGAGGAAAGAUUAUGAGAAAGGGGAGUAUUUUGUGAGGAACAGUCACUUGCAGGCGUGCUGGAAAAACUUCAGACAUUUGGAGUUUACUGAGCAAUAUUGUGCUAACAGCAGCCUUCAUGGAUUGAAAUACGUUGGAGAGAAGAGUCUUCAUAUUCUGGAGAGACUCUUUUGGAUCAUCGCCUUCGCUUGUGCAGUUCUAACAGCGGCCUAUUUCAUCUGGCACCUCUACCAGAAAUGGCAGAACUCUCCAAUAAUAAUUUCCAUAAGUCCUGAGCCUGUCGCCCUGACAGCAUUCCCAUUUCCCUCAGUCACUGUUUGCAACAUGAACAACGCUAAUCGAGAAGAAGCCAUUCGCAUCAACAGAGGAAACGACAGCGUCGAGAAGCUUCUGCUGGAGGACAUCUGCAAUUUCCGAAACACUUCAAUGGACAGCGACGUGGUUGGUUCAGCGAAUUGGAGCAACGUUCUCCGCUUCAUGCUGAACGUCUCUCAACCCUGUGAAGAAUUGCUUCGCUAUUGCUUUUGGCAUCAGAAUGUUACCGAAUGCGAUAGGAUAUUUAAUCCGAUUCUCACCGAUGAGGGAUUGUGUUGCAAUUUCAACGCCGUCCACAGAAAAUACCUGUUCUAUAAUCCAUUGGAAUGGAACGAUUUAAACAUAAAAUACGACUUCGAAACGAUUGACUGGAAACCAGAGAGUGGAUACGACACCUCAGUGGCACCAGACACGCAGCCCUGGAGGCCCUACGGUGCUGGGAGAUACCUGGGAUUGACAAUUGUUCUUGAUGCUAAAUUGAAAGAGUAUUACUGCUCGUCAACAGCCAGUGUUGGCUUCAAGCUUCUCCUCCACAGUCCCAUAGAGACACCGAAAAUCGCGGAUUUUAGCCUCGCGAUAAGUCCUGGGGUUGAGACUAAUGUCAUCAUUACUCCCCGGAUAUCGUCCGCUAGCUGGUCGAUACUCUCAUUACCCAGGAAGAAGAGGAAGUGUUAUUUCACCACUGAACGUAAACUCAAGUAUUAUCGAACCUACACUGAGAGAAAUUGUCUUCUGGAGUGUGAGGCCAAUUUUACGCAGAGUCAGUGUCAUUGUGUGCAGUAUUACAUGCCAAAAUCAGCGAAUACUCCGAUUUGCGGGAAAAAGGACGACAAAUGUGCGAGAGAUGCCAGAUUGCUGAUGGAAAACAAUUUGUAUGAUGAUGAAGAAGCUUUGGACAGAUUAAAUCGUUCGGAGUCGCCCAGUUGCAAUUGCUGGCCAGCAUGUUUCGAGACUAAUUACGAAACCCAGAUAUCCCAGAGUAAAUUGUCGAAUGCAUUUGUUGUCGACGAACUCUACCUCAACAACACGGACCAAGAAUACUUUACGGAAAAUAUGGCUGUGAUUCAUCUCUACUUCGUCGAGUCUCAAUUCCCGAAUCUAGUGAAGAGCGAAUUGUUCGGCUUCAUUGAAUUUCUAUCAAAUAUCGGAGGACUCCUCGGUCUCUUCAUGGGUUUUAGUUUUCUCUCAGUCGUGGAAAUAGUCUACUUCAUGACUUUACGACUCUGGUGUCGCAUAACCAAGGGCCCAAUGAGAAAACUCCAGAAUACAUCGCUCAUAAAAAUCCACACCGAACCAAAAAUUGUGUACCCAUUUUCGCAGUAAUAUCCCACUGCCGAAGGCAUUAUUUAAAUGCCGAUUUAAAUAGUCACACCAUGUACAUCUGAGUUUGUACGCUGUACAAUAGUUAACGGGUUACCACAAAUUUAUAAUAAAAAAGGGGACAAAUGAAACUCUGUAGGUCUACCAUUCCAAUUGGCCUCCGGGGAUCAAGAUUUUUAUUCCCCAUGACUCACUGAGUAUCUUGUACAGAACAAACACUCAAAUCCCUAUACGUCUCCCAUUUAUUUCUCGCGUUGACUGAUAAAUCAACAUUUGGGUGAGAAGAAAAAUCAAUUUUCAAGAAGCAAACGAAUGAAUAAUGGAAAAUUUUAAUCAAUUCAAUUUAAAGUUGGCAGGUCAGGUUCUCUUACGCAACUGUAGGAAGACAAUUCAUUACAAUUAUCAGAUAAUUAAAAAAUUCACAGAUAUUUACAAGUGGAAUUCGUAAGACGAGGCUGACCAUUAGGGAACAAAAAAAAUCAAUGAAAAAAUAUGUUUUAUUGAGUAUGCAGAGCCUGACCUACCAAAUAAUUUUCACAGGGGAUUGAUUCAAUAGCGAUAUAAACUUCUUGUCAGUGAACGCAGUCAAAAUAGAAUAGAAAA